GAGUGAAUACCACGACUAAAGUGAAAGCUGCACUGAGAACAAAAGCAAACUGCAGACUGGUCAACGAGAAAGAGCAUUCAGAAGCGCCAGCUUCUAAAGAGAUGAAGAGGGGAGCCGAACCCAGAAGAGACCAACAACUUCUUGGCAAGCUCUGCUGCUUCUGACCCCGUUCACAGUAGGUGCCAACUGCAGCCUCCCAACUUCUAAAGGCAAACAGACUGGGAGAGGACCACUCUGAGCGUCCCUGACCCAGGAGGUUGGAUCAGUUCAAGGAGGAUUCAAAUCCAGCUGCUGCAGGAAGAUGAACUCCACCUACCACCAUGGCAUGUAUACUUCCCUCCACCUCUGGAACCGCAGCAGCUACGGGCUGCACGGUAAUGCCAGCGAGUCUCUGGGGAAAGGGCACUCAGACGGAGGAUGCUAUGAGCAACUUUUUGUCUCCCCCGAGGUGUUUGUGACUCUGGGUGUCAUAAGCCUGCUGGAGAACAUUCUAGUGAUCGUGGCAAUAGCCAAGAACAAGAAUCUGCACUCACCCAUGUACUUUUUCAUCUGUAGCCUGGCUGUGGCCGAUAUGCUGGUGAGCGUUUCGAAUGGGUCAGAAACCAUCGUCAUCACCCUGCUAAACAGUACAGACACGGACGCCCAGAGCUUCACCGUGAAUAUUGAUAAUGUCAUUGACUCUGUGAUCUGUAGCUCCUUGCUCGCAUCCAUUUGCAGCCUGCUUUCCAUUGCAGUGGACAGGUAUUUCACUAUCUUUUACGCGCUCCAGUACCAUAACAUUAUGACGGUUAGGCGGGUCGGGAUCAUCAUAAGUUGUAUCUGGGCAGCUUGUACCGUGUCAGGCGUUCUAUUCAUCAUUUACUCGGACAGCAGCGCUGUCAUCAUUUGCCUCAUUUCCAUGUUCUUCACCAUGCUGGUUCUCAUGGCCUCUCUCUAUGUCCACAUGUUCCUGAUGGCGAGGCUUCACAUUAAGAGGAUUGCUGUCCUCCCAGGCACAGGUACCAUCCGCCAGGGUGCCAACAUGAAGGGGGCAAUUACCUUGACCAUCCUGAUUGGAGUCUUUGUUGUCUGCUGGGCCCCGUUCUUCCUCCACUUACUGUUCUACAUCUCUUGUCCUCAGAAUCCAUACUGUGUGUGCUUCAUGUCUCAUUUUAACUUGUAUCUCAUACUGAUCAUGUGUAACGCCGUCAUUGACCCUCUCAUCUAUGCCCUCCGGAGUCAAGAACUGAGGAAAACCUUCAAAGAGAUCAUCUGUUUCUAUCCCCUGGGAGGUAUCUGUGAGUUGUCUGGCAGGUAUUAAGUGGGGGACAGAGUGACUACUAGGUAGAGACCUGCAGACUUUGUC